CUUCCUCCUGAAAAGAAAUUAAGAUGGGAUGAAUACUUACAUGAAGUACUGUUUGCAUAUAAUACCACUGAAAAUAGCACAACUGGAUUCUCUCCCUUCUUCUUGAUGUUUGGCAGGAGUCCUGAUCUCCCAGUUGACCAUUGGUUAAGUGGUGGGGUGGCAGAAAGAAGAGAAGGACGGGUAGAGACGUGGGUUACUGAACAUCAGCAUAAACUACAACAGGCAUAUAAGUGGACACAGAAGCGGUUACAGAGUUUGGCGAAGCAGAGGCAAACACGACAAGGGGUUGUAAAAGAUGCCAGUCUGAAUCCGGGUGAUCUAGUGUAUUUACGAAAUCGAAGAGUGAGGGGAAGAAAUAAAAUCCAGGACAUCUGGGAGGAUUUGCCGCACUGUGUGUUGGAGAGAUUGGACCCGGAUAAGGCGCUCUAUAAGAUAGUUCCAGUGGAUCAAUCACGUCCACCAAGGAAUGUGCAUCGUUUGGAGUUACGACGUUGUGUACCAUUACAGAAGGACCCUGUAGAGUCAAUUCAGCAUCAAAGUACAGACUCAAGUUCAAGCAGAGCAUCGUCUGGGUCUGAGGAAGAUUUGGAGGAGCUCCGAGUGGUGGUACCAGUAAGCCUGUCUUCGGGGGUUGAAAGGGAAAGGAGUGCAGAAGAGGAUUGUUCCAGGGAGGAGGAUCAAGUAAUAACCACUGGGACAGACUUUUCAGUUCGACGCUCGCAGAGGGCUACAGCGGGACAGCAUAGGAAUCCCUUUAGAGAGCCACGAUCUGUGCAGGGUAUGGAAGCUGCAGCAAUCCCCCCAGAAUUAAAUGAUGGGUUAAGGCCCCCUUCCAGAAAAGUAGGGGAAAUGGCAAUGGUCUUAGAACAGUUGCUGCAGGUGAUGAAUGAAUUAAAAAGAGUGAUGAAAGAGGCGUAAUUUAGUUUUUAGGUUUGGGUAGCCCAGAUAAAUAUGUAAUCAUCGGGACGAUGAUUUGAUAAGUGGGGGGUGGAUGUGGUAUUGAGCUCUGGUUAGGCGGGGUCGGGGAGGAACUAUGGGAAUACUUAAGGGAGACAAGCACGGAAGAUUUUGAGCGAUGCACAGACACCGUGGUAUACACGCCAAACAAAUGCGGCACUGACGGAGGAUAGGACCGCGAGUGCUCCCGAGAACCCCAGUAACUAGAGCGACCAGAG